CAUUCUAGACUCUUGGACACGGAUUUGGGGCAUAUACCUUUUUCCUCCAAUCUUUUCUCAAACUCGAAGGGUGUGGGGAAUGAGUCUUGCGUGAACGAGAGAGGCCUGGUUUUAUGCCGCCUCCACUCCUCUCGCCUCCCUCCUUAAUCACCUCCACUUUCGCUUCUUCUGCCUCUUCUUCUCUCUUUUCUCCCGCUCUGGCUUUUCUCUUCCCUACCAUUUCCUCCUCACAGUUUCCUUCAAUUUCCCAGAAACAUGCCGACAUUUACUGCUAUAGCUUUGGAUCGGUUACUGGAACCUGGAGCUUCAAGAUCUGUCGACAAGUCUGUUCCUAAUUCAAAGCCUCCUAAUUCAAGACCUAUUCCCAAUUCAAACCUGGAGAGGAGAAAUAGCACGCCUACCACCGAAAGGAGAGUUAAGCGUCCUCAGAUAACGCCAGCACUCUAUGCUACUCCUAAGGCUACCCCGCUUCCUGGUUCGCCCACUUCAUUCACACCUUCCCCAUACAUCAUCAACCACAAACGACGUGGGCCACGUCUUGUGAAGAGCUUUUCCGAGGACGAUGUAUCCUCUCGCCAAAAAACUAAUGAAAAGGUCAAUGGGAAUUUGGCAAAUGUAGAAACAGAUGAUGUCCAUUCGGCAGAUGAUAUUGCUGUCACUUUCACUACUCCUGGUGCCAAUGAGGAGCGUGUCAAUGGUAGCCAUGACUGUGAAGUUGGGAGUCGCAAAAGUGAAUUUGGGUGCAGUAAUGGGGAAUAUGGGAGCAGUAAUGGGGAACGUAAGAGUAUUUCUGUGGAACUUGGAAGCAGUGGUAAAAGUAAUGGUGUGGCCAGGGAAGAUGAUUUGUUGAAGCUUGAAAGAGAUGAAGAGUCUGAUAGUUUCUUUGAUCCACAGGAAUCUCUCAGCAUUACCAGCAACACAGAUGUGGAGGAUAAUUCUGGGGCUGAACGAUGUAUGAAACCUAACACGCCAAUGGCACAGUUUUUUGAUGCUUGGGAAGAAUUAUCCUCUGAGGGUGGGCCGCAGGCUUCUCUUUGCAACGUUGAUGCUGAUUUGCGUGAAAUGAGAUUGAGUCUAUUGAUGGAAAUAGAGAAGCGGAAGCAAGCAGAAGAAGCCCUGAAAUACGUGCAAAGCCAGUGGCAGAGGCUAAGGCAACAGUUAUCUGUUGUGGGACUGACACUCCCUGCCUAUCCCUCUGUUUUAGCAGAGGGCGAGCAGCUGGAUUUUGGUCCUCAAGAAGAGCUGCUUCAACAGGUACAUGUUGCUAGGUUUGUUUCGGAAUCUAUUGGAAAGGGUGUCGCCAGGGCUGAGGCAGAGAUGGAGAUGGAAGCUCUGAUCGAGUCAAAGAACUUUGAGAUUGCUCGAUUACAUGACAGAAUCCAUUUCUAUGAGGUUGUGAAUCGGGAAAUGUAUCAGAGGAACCAAGAUGCUUUAGAGGUGGCACGGCAUGGAAGGCAUAUGAGGAAAAUAAGGCAGAAGUGGGUUUGGGGUUCAAUAGCUGCUGCGAUUACACUUGGCACUGCAGCCUUAGCAUGGUCUUACCUUCCAACAGGAAGAGGGUCGUCUUCGGUACACUUUCAGAAUCCUGAGGGUGAUGAUGUAGCUGAUUAACAGGUGGUUGAUGAAUACAAGGAACCAUGAUACCAUGUCAUCGGGGGGGAAAAAAAAAACAUAAAAUAAAAGGUCACACAAUUCGCCUUGUGGGUACAGUAUCUUGCUUUUAUUACUUGAUUCUCCUGCAUUCAGAGGUUGUAUAGUUCCUCAAAGUUGAUAUACGUUUACGUUCACUACAAAUGUGAUAGAUCAUGAAAUGUACGAGCUGACUAUUAAAAUCAUUAUUUCUAGUACCAGUCGGGGGGAUUUCAUGGGGGGAAUUGGUUAGUUCCCUUUGGUAUAAUUGUGCAUUCAAUAUGCAACUCUGCAAAAUCUGAGGAUAAUUUUGAAGUUUAGAUCACAGAAGAGGGUUUUGAAUCCUUAGUUUGAUUUAUUUCCAUCUGAUUUCGACA